AUGUACUUGCGGGCUGGAACAACAGCUUCCCUGUUUGCAACUGGCCUCACAUUUCCUGCACCACCGACGGAAACCGUCCGUGAGGUCGUCCUCCAAGGCUUCGGCCUCUCUGGGAUCAUUCCCCCACACCUAUCUAACCUCUCUUUCCUCGAAACUCUUGACCUCUCUGAUAACUUGUUCCACGGCCCAAUCCCUUCGCAUCUUGGCCGUCUCACUCUCCUCCAGAACCUCUUCCUCUACAAUAACUCCCUUGAUGGUACUAUUCCUAGCAAUCUCUCUAAUUGCUUAAACCUCCUACAAAUGCAUCUCACGUAUAACCAACUGUCUGGAAACAUACCCUCCUCGCUUAGCUUUCUCACACAACUCAAAGUUCUUGAUGUUUCCGUCAACAAUCUUUCUGGCUUUAUUCCCCCUUCCAUUGGAAAUCUCACCUCUCUCAUCUAUCUCUACCUUGCAAGAAAUAGACUUUCUGGUGAUAUUCCAGAAGAACUUGGCCGUCUCCAGAAUCUCGUCCAUCUGCAGAUCUCCCAGAACCAACUCAGUGGUGUGAUCCCUUCCUCGAUUUACAACAUCUCCUCUCUUGAGAUAUUCUCCGUGACAGGCAAUAAACUCACUGGAGAGCUUCCGGAAGACAUUGGUCUCCGGCUUCCCAACACUAUGAGAAAACUGGCCUUUACCGGCGGUCAAAAACGUCGGCAAAGACCAAGAAAACCGCCGCCAAAUCCUUUGCCUGGGGUUAGCUAA